AUGGACGGGGAUGCCGACUCUGUUCUAUUGCUGUUGCAAGCGGUCAUCAUCAAGGCCGUCGUUGCGGCCCGCUCAGAGCUGCACGGUGAUGUGCGCGGCGCCCUCGUGGACUUUUUGAUCCCUAUGAUCGAAGAAGAGGCGGCCACGAACAACCCGCGGACCGCCGCCGACCUCUUGCGUGGGGUCCGCGAGCAGGUCGCGGACAUCGACCCCGCUGCCGAGGCAAUCAAUACCUUGCUUCACCGCGUCAUGUGGCGCUACACCAAGACCCACAUGCAGUCGACACGCGAGGACCUGUCCGAGGGGCAACUGGUCGGCGAGGACCGACUUCACGAGGACUUCCUCGCGCAGGUGACUCAUUGUUCACGUCUGGUCUGCCGUCUGUGCCGGGGCAUCCUCAGAGAACUACGGUAUGCCACCCCACUCACGUUGUAA